CCCCACCAGCUGUUCACCCAAACCGACCUUCAGGCUUCCGCUAAACCUCAAUUUUCCACUCUCCGCCAGUCUGCAAGUCGUCUUCCAGGCCAACAUUCGCCUUCUCCAUCUGCUUCUUGACCCUUCACCCACCUGCACGCAUCCACAACAACACUGCCAAAAUGCGUGAAAUUAUCAGCUUGAACGUCGGCCAGGCUGGUUGCCAGAUCGCCAACUCCUGCUGGGAGCUUUACUGCCUUGAGCACGGCAUUCAGCCCGAUGGCUUCCUCACCGAGGAGCGCAAGGCCGCCGACCCCGAUCAGGGUUUUAGCACUUUCUUCUCUGAGACUGCCACAGGGAACGGCAAGUAUGUGCCGCGUACCAUCUACUGCGAUCUCGAGCCCAACGUUGUCGACGAGGUCCGCACCGGCGCCUACCGCGGCCUUUUCCACCCGGAGCACAUGAUUACUGGCAAGGAGGAUGCGUCCAACAACUAUGCCCGUGGCCACUACACGGUCGGCAAGGAGCUGAUCGACCAGGUCCUGGACAAGGUUCGCCGCGUUGCCGACAACUGCAGUGGUCUCCAGGGCUUCCUCGUUUUCCACUCCUUCGGUGGCGGCACUGGUUCCGGCUUCGGUGCUUUGCUCAUGGAGCGCCUCUCGGUGGACUACGGCAAGAAGAGCAAGCUUGAGUUCUGCGUUUACCCCGCUCCUCAGACCGCCACCUCGGUCGUUGAGCCGUACAACUCGAUCCUGACCACCCACACCACCCUCGAGCACGCCGACUGCUCCUUCAUGGUCGACAACGAUGCCAUCUACGACAUCUGCCGCCGUAACCUGGGUCUCGAGCGCCCCAGCUACGAGAACCUCAACCGCCUGAUCGCUCAGGUUGUUUCCUCCAUCACCGCGUCGCUCCGCUUCGACGGCUCGCUCAACGUCGACCUGAACGAGUUCCAGACCAACCUGGUCCCCUACCCGCGUAUCCACUUCCCGCUCGUUGCCUAUGCGCCCGUUAUCUCGGCCGCCAAGGCCGCCCACGAGGCCAACUCGGUCCAGGAGAUGACCAUGUCCUGCUUCGAGCCCAACAACCAGAUGGUCAAGUGCGACCCCCGUCACGGCAAGUACAUGGCCACCUGCCUGCUGUACCGCGGUGACGUCGUUCCCAAGGACGCCCACGCCGCUGUGGCCACCCUCAAGACCAAGCGGACCAUCCAGUUCGUCGACUGGUGCCCGACUGGCUUCAAGCUCGGUAUCUGCUACCAGCCCCCCCACCAGGUGCCCAACGGCGACCUCGCCAAGGUCAACCGCGCCGUGUGCAUGCUUUCCAACACCACCGCCAUUGCCGAAGCUUGGUCUGCCCUGUCCCACAAGUUCGACCUCAUGUACUCCAAGCGCGCUUUCGUGCACUGGUACGUCGGCGAGGGUAUGGAGGAAGGCGAGUUCUCGGAGGCUCGCGAGGAUCUUGCGGCUCUGGAGCGCGACUACGAGGAGGUUGCUACCGACUCGAUGGGCGAGGAGGAGCUCGAGGCCGAGUACUAAGCCGACCUGGUCUGCCAGUAGCUUGGUGAUGUCGUCUAACCCAGGCGUUUAUUAACUUUUUGACCCGGGACUCCUGUUGGCAAUGAUCCUUUACGCUAUGGGUAUUCUUGGCAAGCGCGGGCCCGUGAUCUUUUCUGUUAGACGGAAAGUGUAGUCCAUUUUAAUCAAGAAUAAAGCAGCCGGGGCAAUUGCUGGCUCUGCAACACAGCUCGGUGCGAUAUCCAAUCGUUAACGCCGGGUCAACACGUCCCACAACCCUUUGCAGUGUUCUCGACCUGGUGUGGCAAGCUUAGGCAUUUCCUCUUACGUACGCCUCUGGCGAGACCUCAAAAACCCUGGAGAAGCCAUCUUGAGUGCCAAUGAUCUCGCGUUUGGUGUUGUUG